AUGCCACCCAUCAAUCUUACUAACACUAAUCUGAUGGCUGCAAAUCCCAAUUCAAAUCUCUUCUGCCCCAAUCCAAGAUGGAGAAGGGUAUCUUUAAUGAGCGCACAGCUCAAAGUGACCAAAUGGCAAGUGGGUACAAAAGGAAGCUGAACUUUUCCAGAUUUGGCAGGAAAGAAUUCCAUUUCCCUGAAUUGCCUUUCACGGUACAGUCAAAGGACAUAAAAGGAAUGGAAGUUAAACCAAUGAAAGUGCUGAAGAGGGAAUCAAAGAAAACAGAUUCGUCUAAAAUACCAGCUUUGCUUAAUAUGGAUCAAAAUCAAGAAAAACAAGAGUUCCAUCUGACAGUGCCUUUUGUGAGAUGCAGACUUUUCUGAUUUCACAGAACACACAUGCUAACUCCAGCCUCUCUUCUGACGAAGCUGCUGCUGCCUUCGUGGUGGUCUCACCUCAUGGCCUUGUCUCACCCCAGUUACC